CUCGCAUGCCGUCAAUGUGACCGGCCAAAGCAAUGAAAAGAGCUUGAUGGAUUUUUAAAGGGAAACACACCUCCAAUAACCACAGUUGCUACCAGCUGGGUGGGUUUCUUUUGUGAGAGCAUGACACAUGUGCACUCUGUACUUACGGAUGCUCACUGACUUUGCUUGCCGUGCACGUGUGCUGGACGCAGCCCAGACAGGAGCAAAUCAGCUGCUCACACAAGCUCCCUCAGGAAAAAUUUCUGUCUCACACUCUGCCUCUCUCUCUCUUAACCAGUCUAUUCCCUGCUAGAGAUGCUCUGAUAAGCCGUUGGCUGGAGUGGAAGACUUGUGCACAGGGAACACAGAUGCUCUACAUGUAUUAGGCGGACACACACACUCACUGUAAGAUGCCAGCUCAUCUGAGCCUGGCAGAGCAGGAACGGGAGUGGAGGAAGACAGAGCUGGGUCUCGCUGCGAUCUCGGAGAAGGGACGGAUGAAGAUGUGCGACACUGCGAGGAAGCAGAGAGAUUCCAGAUCUGACGUGAACCCCACAGCCCUGAAGCAAAAAAGAAAAGCAUGUGCUCCACUGAACAUUAAAUCAGCACAGAUUAAUAUCAGCAAACGAAAUGGAAAUAAUACAGAAUCAAAUGUGCUGAAAGUGGACGAGAGACUGCGAUUGGCCCGGGAACGCAGAGAGGCUUACCAAAAACAGCUGGCACUGCGAGAGCGUGGUUGGCUGGUGAGGGAAGAGCGGGCCAAGCAGUUCUACGAGAAACACCUUGAGGAGCGAAAGAAGAAGUUGGAAGAGCAGCGACAAAGAGAGGAAAGGAGGAGGAUGGCGGUCGAGGAGAAGCGCAAACAGAGGCUCAAAGAAGAAAGAGAGCGUUAUGAGUCUGUGGUGCAGAAGACGAUGAAGAAAAGUCAGAAGGCCAAACAGAAACCUGGCCAAUGCUCACGAAGGGUCAACAAGAACGAAAACAAUAAUGCUAAACGCCGCUCUCUUAGUCAAUGGGAGAUUGACCUUGUCCGUCGUCUUCAGACUCCUACCGUCUCUUAUCUAGCCAGAAGCAGGAGUGCUGUGUGUCUGUCACGAGACACAGUUGUUCAUAUUUGUCGUCGUUCAGCCUCAUGUCAUACCAUGAACUCAAGCACCACACGAAAGCCCCAGGUGCAUUGCGGGAAAGUGGCAAACAGGCCUGCAAGCUCAAGUCCAAACGUCACCAUCCGCAGAACCACCAACAGAGAGCUGGUGGCAAAAGGCAAUUUUGCGGGACUGGACUUGAAAAAUCCACAGCUACAAACAACAACAAACGAAAUCAAGCCCAAACAGGACAAAAACCCACCAGAGAAUACGGUCCUCCCAACAUCAUGGCUGCAGAACAGAUCGCAUAUCAGACAAGCCACACUUAAACAAGAUAGUUUGCCUCCACUGCCAGAAGAGGGGGAUCUAGAAUCGGAGGAAACGCUUGCUCAACAAUGUCUACAAGAUAACCAACUCCAGUCGAAUCCAGCAACUAAUGGGCCUCCGAACCCACCAGCAGGCUCUCAGAUUCCUAAUGGACCAAGUCAGAUUGGUGAGACAGCACAAGUCAGAGCUGCUGCUUGGACUACAGACCCUGAAGAGGCCACUCGCCUGCUGACUGAGAAAAGGAGACAAGCCCGACUCCAGAGAGAGAAGGAGGAAGAGGAGCGCAGACUGAAAGAGGAGAUGGAAAGAAAGAGCAGAGAGGAACUGGCCCGUCAAAGAGUUGAAGAACGAGCCAGACAGGAAGCAGAGGCCCUCAAACUGGAGGAGGAGAAGAGGAAGAGAGAGGAAGAAGAGCGACUCAAGGCUGAAGAGGAAAAUACUCGCAGACAGAAAGAGGAAGAAAACAGGGUUCAACAGCAGAGAGAGCAAGAGGCUCGUCAGAGGGUGCUGGCAGAGCAGCAGAGACUGGAAAGAGAGAGUCAUUUCCAGAAAGAGGAGGCCGAACGCCAAGACAGGAAAAAGCGUCUGGAAGAAAUCAUGAAAAGAACAAGAAAGACAGACUCUGAUAACAAGAAAACUGCAUCAGUGAAGGACAACUUGCCUUGUGAGAACAUGAAGCCUGUAAUCAGGCUACCAGGUCCAGGAAAAACGCCAAAACUGGAGCUGAGGGAUGAGGAGGAUAUGCUUCCUACUGUGGCCUUCAAGGAGCGACGGUCCUUCCGCAGUCUUUCUGGCCUGGAUGAGAUACAAGCCCAUCAGCAAACCGAGGUUAUUUAACCCACGGACCUGUCAUACGAUGCCAAGACCGUCAGAGCAACUUCAGCAAGCUUGUCUUUCUGAAC